AUACGAGUCGUUAAGACUAAUUUAGAAAAAAGAAAAAAGAAAACUUUAACCUAAAAACCCCUCCAAAAUUAACACGAGGAAGUUAGAAAUGAACGGUCUAACAGAUAACGGAUUGGCGUGACAGCCGCAAGUAUGUACCUGUCAACCUACUCCUCUCUCCCUCCACCAUUAAAACCCUAUGCAUCACCUCUUGCUUGAGCUGGUUUGGGCUGGUGUCAUAGGACGUUCCUCCUUUCAUAAAAUAUUCAAUAGGAUUUUACAUUUUUUGCUCCCUAUAUAUAUCUAUCUUCAAUCUUUUUUAUCUGCCACCUCGCCCCGCCCCAUCCCACACUCAGGGCGGCGCGCGGACGGCUUCUUCCCCAGCCGACCGCCGCCUGUUUCUCUUUCCAUACUUCAUACCAAUCUUCUUGUACAGCCUUGUAAUAUUCUUUUUAUAUUUGGGAUGGGAGAUUUUGAGGCAAAAGCUAAAAUGGGAUCUCCAUCGUUAUCAUCAUCGUCUUCGUCUUCAUCAUUGCAUGAGUCAGAAUCGGAGGAGUUACAACACAUGCCGCUGGCACCACUGCCAAUAUGGAAGAACAAGAAACGGUUGUCCAAACAGUUAUCUAUGUGUGAGACACGUCGUGACAUUGCAUGGGAAAGGCGGCGGCGCCAGAUUUUGAACCAGGAACGUAGAAGAAACGGCAUUAACGUUGUUGACUCCGAUGACUUGACUGAUGAAGACUUACAUGAACUGAAAGGUUGUAUAGAACUCGGUUUUGGGUUUAAUGAAGAAGAAGGGCAGCAAUUAUGCAGUACAUUACCAGCUUUGGAUCUUUAUUUCGCUGUGAACCGACAACUUUCUCCAAGCCCCGUGUCCACGCCUGGAUCAACGGCGUCGCUAGGUGCGCGGUCGUCCUCGUUCGGAAGCCCAAUGUUUGAAUCAGACUGGAAAAUAUGCAGCCCAAGUACAGGGGAUGAUCCUCAACAGGUGAAGACCAAGUUGAGGCAUUGGGCCCAAGCCGUGGCAUGUUCAGUGAUGCAGUCUUAUUGAUCGGAAGUGUGGGAUGGCUUGUAUAGGAGAAAGAGAGAGAGAGAGAGAGAGAGAGAGAGAGAGAUUGGCUUGAGUUUUUCAAGAAUUAGGAUUCUCACUUCAGAGCUACCUGCUGCUAUUAUUAGGCAUUUACCCAACACCGCGAACCCCCCCGGAACAAAGGAAAAGUAAAAAUGGUGGGCUGCCGCUGCCGUUUUUGGGUCUGUUGGCUUUCGAUGACAACUCUGGUUUUAGAGAGAGAGAGAGAGUUGUGCAUCCAUCAUCGUUAUUUCUUCUUCCCCUUGAAUUCCUGUUUCACAAGUUUCUUUGGGGAAGAGCAAGAAUGUAACAUCCACUGGCCGUUUAGAAAUAAUGUAAUCAAAUCCAGAAAUAUAUCAUUUUCUAUCAAAUGCAACAUCUUCAUUUCUGUGUUGUUAAAAGAAA